AUGAAAGGUUUGAGAGCGAGCGCCUUAGUGGAAACAAGGGCGUUGCUGGCGAGUGCGGUAUUGACAUUUGAGGUGGAUGGCAAGCCGGUAGAUAUGGUCAAGGCUCUUGGGUCGCUGAACAAGUGGGACGACUUAAGCGCGGCAAUUCAAUCCGGUUGCAAGCUUCUCUCGCACGUGCCGGACGUGGUAAUAGGGUUGCCCGGCGUUGAGCACGUUGAUUUGUCUACUGAAAAGUUGGACGCGCUGCACAAGGAACUUCAGACAAAUAAGCAGUUGUUUACGAGGACUAUCGUAGCUGUGAGCCACUGUCUUUUUGCGAUCGCCAAAGUGAUUCGAGUACACCCAAAGACGUGUGGGGUUCCGAAAGGGCUGCAGGAUGCCAUCCUUGCGUGGGUGGCUAGGUUCCAGCAGCGAGCGCAGGACGUGGAACCAUCGGGAUCGGGAUCGAGAUACUGUCCGUAUGCUCCAACAAGUGCCACUCGAAUUCAAGACCUCAAGUUCUUUCUGAUAUCGGUAUACCGUUUCUUCGGGACAGACGCGGCACGCCUCAACCACGUCACUGUACCAACACUCCAGCCCUGCAAUCCAGAGGCGGUUAUGCCCGGCACGUGGGAAGAGACUAAAACAUGUCUGGAUCUCCAAACCCUCUGCCCCGGACAGGAAGGUUGGGUACGCGCUGAAGCGGUUUCGUGGGACGUGUACAAGGAGAAAAUGGGAAACCUGGCGUUGGAUCCUCCUUCAUAG